AUGGCUAGUAUUUCAUCUCCAAAUACUCUUAGGUUUCGCACCGUUUCCAAUGAUCAACAUCUUUUAAGCACAACUCCACGUUUAAAUGAUUGUCAGAUUUAUAAUUAUUAUUGUUAUCAUUUAAUUGAACCAAUCUCAUUCAUCAGCUUCGAAGUCAUGCCAGCGCACUCUUCUCAGACCUAUCUCUUCAAUAAUCUCAAAGUUUAA